AUGGCGGCGAGGCAUAAGUACGGCAUUUUAUCAGUUCUCCUGUUGACGAACGAAAUACUCCUAGUUUCCACAGAAACUGUUCUUGGUCAAACUGUGGACGAGGAAUUCGACUUCGAUGGCAUUCCCGGAGUUCAGCAUGAGUUUAAAGUGGAGGUUGCCGCGGGGAGGGAGGAGUGUUUCCAUCAGUUCGUCACAGAAGGGUGCCGACUCUACAUCUCCUACAGCGUUGUGAGAGGCGGCGACAGGAACAUCAACUUCUUCCUCUUGGACAAACACGGCGAAGUCAUCGACUCCCAGUACGACAAGCCCGGUGCGAUGGUUGAGAAGGCGAUCGAGGAACAAGGGUACAUGGAAUUCUGUUUUGACAACACACACAGCCGAUUUGGUUCGAAGCUGGUGUACUUCUACCUGACGACCUUCCUCAUUGAGAGAUGGGGCCAGUACUUGAAGGAUGUGGAAGAGCUCCGUGGUCUCACGGUUAACCUCUCAUCAAUACUUGAGGGGGUAGAGCUGUCUCUUACGGACGUGGAUAAUUACCAGACACAUACCCGCCUCAACGUCAUGCGCGACUGGUACCUCCUCAACGCCAACCAACGCUACGUGGGGUACUGGUCCACAGCCCUGUGUGUUGUAGUCCUGGUAGCGGGGCUGGGGCAGGUGUUCUUCCUGAGGAGGAUGUUUCGGAUGCCCGUCGUCACCCCCACGUCCAAACCCCGGGCGUGACAGAGAUGCAGAGUAUUCUUUUGAUACUGCUAAACAUGUGUUUACAUAUCGUCUCAAUCAUAUUUCUGGCAGCCGGACAAAUGUUCAUUGAAAGUUGCCUCUUUUGACAUUUUAAAUCAUUUUCAAGGAAUCACAUACUGGUAUAUGUAUGUUGCAAUCUGAUGUUUCUGGAAAACUGUAAUAAAACGGUGCGAAACAUGCUG